AUGGCGCUGCUCUUCUCCGCCAUCCGCGUGCUCCUGGGCCUUUUCUUUUCUGUCUGCGGGGUCGUCAAGCUGACCGAUCGGAUUUCGGGCGAAGUUUAUGAGCAGCUGAAAUCGCAAUUUGUGCAGUUUGCCGACGCCUUUCCUCUGAAGGAGUUUGGCUACAAGCCAGAGCCGAUCCAGUACCUGGAAACUGUGGGCUGGAUAGAACUGGCGGCUGGUUUGCUCAUGGCCUUUGGGCCUCAGCUGCUGCAGGAAAUCAGCAAUUUUGUGCUCACGAUCGUCAUGAUAGGUGCCAUCUACAGCCUCUUGGUUUUGAAGGAGCCCAUUGCCAUGUGUGCCCCGGCCACUAUCUCCCUGGGUCUUCUGCUUCUCCUCAAUAUCCGGGGAAGAGGGAGACCCACCAAGUCAAAGUUUGAGUGAGGGGGUGUCGAACUGGAGAGGACAGAAGGGGAGAGUUCAGAAAUGGCAGCAAAUCUCUUGUUGGACCUUUUUUGUCUGUGUGCUUUCCACUCCUCCUCCCCUUGCUCAGUCCUUUUUAACUUGGUAUAAACUGGGUCCUGUGGGUGUGUGAUCCAGGGGGUGAUUUGUGACCUUGAAAUCACCAUAGAUCGGGGGAUGAAGCCCCUUUUCAGCCCAGGGACCACAUUCCCUCCUGGGUGACUUUCUGAGGGCCAUAUGCCAGUGGUGAGCAGGGACCACAGGCAAAAGCGGGCACAGCAACAAAUGAAGUUUUUGCCUUUGUACUGUAGGUUAAUUUCUACACACACUCACAGUCCCUUUACCCUCCAUUCAGACAAGCCAGAGACAAUUAUCAGACUUAAGGGACACUUCAAUCAGGCAAAAAUGGGUGUGAAGCAGAGCCAGUGAGGGCUGUGGGCGGGGCGGGGUGGGGGCACAACCAGCAGAGUCCUAAGGGUCCCGACUCCUGCUUUAAAUCGAUGGCAGCUAGACUUUGGGUCUUUCUCAGUUACCCCGUUCACCAGUGUUCUUUCCCAUCUUAGGCCUGGCGUAAGUGCUAAAUUAGCCAGGGGCUGCCUUAAUCUUUGAAUUUCAUAGCUUGGGGAAGCGGAGGAAGGAAAUGGGAGGGGAUGUGUGAAAUACGUUUUAGGUAAUCCUUGGGAGAAAAUAGAAGCACACUUAAAAAAAUAAGUAACCUGGCAUAGGACAGUCCCUUUUUUGGCUCAGGGCAAACCAUUUCUGGGGGGUUCAUUGAGUGGCACUGAAGGAUUUUGUUGGCUACUAUGUGAGAGAAGCAGCUGCCUCUACCACUGAUCUGUAGUCUGUCCACUAAGAUACAGCUGCUUUCCUUUAAUCGUCAGAUCAUUGGUCCAUCUAUCUCAGUAUUGUCUACACUGACUUGCAGUGGCUUUCAGGGAUUUCAGGCAGGACAUUCCCAGCCAGGAAUUGAACCUGGGACCUUCUGCAUCCCAGGCAGAGCCGCGGCCUUUCCCCCAGUAUUUCCCUGCUGGGAGAGUACUACUCAGCAAGCCUGCCUCUGGAAAGGGUGACAAAUGCUUUCCUGCACUUAUAUACACUUUGGCAUUCAUGAUGAACGUGGGGCGGGGAGGAAGUUCGCCAGAAGAGGAAAAGCUCUUGCCCUGCUGUGGACCUGUUAAGGUCCCACCAUCUCCCCUCUCCACCUGCAUGUCCACUGAGAUGGCCACCAGAGGCUCUUAUGCAGGAGAUCUUUCCCUCAGGGCAGGAAUAUGGGGACCAGCUGAGGCUCUCCAGCUGCAAUUCCCUUCAUCCCAGUCCUUUUGCCAUGCUGGCUGGUGCUGAUGGGAGUUGAAGGCUAGAAAACAUCUCCAGCGUCACCGGUUCCUGCCCCUGUUCUAGAGAUUAGGCAUGAAAUGAGCAGAGGUUGGAUUUUUACUGUGGUAGCUUUCUGAUUAUCAAAGUCCUUUACUAGACAGGUGCACAAGGCACUGUAAUCUAAGAACCAGCCAGAGUCCAUCUUGUUUCAGUCAUUAUAUAUUUUUCUGGUGCUGGCUUUACUGAUCCGCUUUGGCAAUGUUUUUCUGUUUCUUUUGACUCCUUGGUGAUUAAAGUGUUGACUGAUUUUUAAAA